AUGUGGGACAUCAUCGUGAGUUGUGUGGCGGUGGGUCUCUUGAUGCUCAUCGUUAACACCAGCCACAUGCUCUCGCAACUCGCACCGUCACCAUGUCAUGCAGCAGGAGGGGGAUCCUCGCCCCAGUGGCUCAUAUCGAUGGAGGAGAAACAGCUGUUGCUGGCUACAGUGGUGAUGCCGCAGGAAAUGAUGCCCGACGCGGCGGUGCGUUUGCUGUUUGUGCGUGACAUUUUUCCCCGCUGUCGUGAGAAGUGGGCCAAAGAGGGUGGAGUGAAUUACACACUCGCCAAGGAACUGCAUCGCCGCCGUUUGACGAGUCUCUUGAGGGCAAACAUAUCGCUUAACGUGUCAUCCUGGUGGUCGUAUGACGAUGUUGUUCGAGACACCUUUACUCCCAGCCCCUGCGUGCAUCAAGAGAAACAGCGAAAGGGUGGCAUCGUGGCACAGACCUGUGACCCUGGCACUACUCCUCCUUUCAACACCGCACAUGAUGUGGCCUGUAUUCAGCUGGCGCAGCUGCUCCUCAAGGCGGCAUUUGCGUCAUCGCCCAACCAGUCGGAGUGGACUGUUGGAAGGCCGUUCAUUGGGUGGCACACUUUCGUUCCGCUUCCCCACGGGGCAGAGCGUUAUCUUGUGUGGAGCCGCGGCAAAAACAUGAAUUCCAAUUUUAAAAUCAGCGGGCAUGUGAACAUUCGCAAUCUGUUGGUGUGGGUGCGGAUAGACGUCAUUGCACCCUCGCUUGAUCAGCGUACCAUUAAGUUUCGUUCAACAUUUUGUUUUUCUCUCGAAAUGAAAACGCCCCCAAGUUGUCUUGCGAGUAUGGCCUUUCUUGUGAAGGUCCCACAGCGGCAGUUUUCCGCAGAUCCCUUUGCAGAGGUAGCUGCAUUUGCGGUGGACCGAAAACUCGGCAUAGGACGGGUUCCGCCAACAUUUAUUUUUCCAAUUCCACUGGCAGUGCUGCAGGAGGCCGUGGUGCGUCGAUCACAGCGUCGCAUCCGCAUGAUCCCUUUUCUUAUUCGGGAAUCGGGAAGCGCAACGUAUGACGCUUGGGUGCAGAAUGACGUAUUUUCUUUCCUCAAGCGGCAUGCAGAACACAAAAACGGAGCUAACGGUGGUGAUGUGCACACGCGCCGCAAAGGUUUGGAUGCGUGGUGUAGUUUUCAACUUGAAGUUUGGCACGUUACUCCGCUCCUCCGCAGUUCCAUACGAGUACCAUACAACAAAAAAAAUAUGCCUGGGUGGCACCGAUGGUUCAACCCGCUGUAUAACGGAACAGUCGUCCCGUAUGGUCCGCUUGUUGCGCUAUCUGAGCAGGUAAUGUUUGACUACAUCGUGGGUAAUAAUGAUCGUUCCCCCAAUAAGAACUCCUUUGUUGUGAUUGGGGGCUGUCAAUGUGGUGGGUCAGGCAAUGAUGUAGGUUGCAGUGGAAGUGGUACCAACAGGGAGUCCAGCGCGUUUCCAACCAUCCUUCAUUUGGAUCACGGCAUGGCAUUUAAAGAACCACAUGCAGCGCUAGUGAAUAAUCCACUGGCGAAGCUAGGAGACAGACAGACAUUCUGCAUGUUCUACAAACCCCUACUGUGGCGUUUGUGGAGCAUUGAAAAACAACUGACUCAGCGCCACACUGGCGGUGUGACGGGCGUUGACUGGAGUCCGUGCGUGGAGAACGAGAAGGUGGAUCGAACGGGGUUGUGGGUGGAAUAUCUGAUGGCGAACGUUUCGCGUGUCAUUCUUCGUGCGGUUGGUCACGCCGCAUUUCACGCAAGUGGGAGACGGAUGGUUCGUCUCUUGCAACGUGCCAAUGAGUGUCUUGCUGUAUACCCCGCAGGGGUUGUGUUAUUGCCCUGA